UCGAUGCGGCCUCAGCCGCGGGGGACGGAGGAACACAGGCAAGGAGGGGGCCGCGGGGCCUCGGGCUGCAGCGAGGCGGCAGGGCCGCUGGGGCACUGACAGCCCGGGCGCCGCCAGCGCCUCCGCAGCCUCUGCGCCUUUGGGGACCGACGCGCCAGGCUUCAGAGAGCGGCUGCCGCAGGUGGCAAGCAUUACUACUCCUAUUUGCGGAGAAGGAAACCGAGGUUCAGAGUGCUGGCACAUCCAGGAUCACACUGUAGACCUCUGGUUAGUCCUGGGAAAGAAGACAUCCUACGUGAGCGUUCGGCGCAUGCCAGACAUAAUCCUUCAAGGGCGACCCGCUGUAGCCAUGGUGAGCGAGUCCUUGGGGCCUGGCACUGGGGUUCCCUGGAGGAGAAGCGACGAGGCUCUGCGCGUGAACGUGGGCGGCGUGCGGCGGCUGUUGAGCGCGCGCGCCCUGGCGCGCUUCCCGGGCACGCGGCUGGGUCGCCUGCAGGCCGCGGCGUCGGAGGAGCAGGCGCGGCGCCUGUGCGACGACUACGACGCGGCGGCGCGCGAGUUCUACUUCGACCGGCACCCGGGCUUCUUCCUGGGCCUGCUGCACUUCUACCGCACCGGCCGCCUGCACGUGCUCGACGAGCUGUGCGUCUUCGCCUUCGGCCAGGAGGCCGACUACUGGGGCCUGGGCGAGAGCGCGCUGGCCACGUGCUGCCGCGCGCGCUACCUGGAGCGGCGCGUGACGCGGCCGCGCGCCUGGGAUGAGGACAGCGACACGCCGAGCAGUGUGGACCCGUGCCCCGACGAGAUCUCGGACGUGCAGCGCGAGCUGGCGCGCUAUGGCGCGGCGCGCUGCGGUCGCCUGCGCCGCCGCCUCUGGCUCACCAUGGAGAACCCGGGCUACUCGCUGCCCAGCAAGCUUUUCAGCUGCGUCUCCAUCGGCGUGGUGCUGGCCUCCAUCGCCGCCAUGUGCAUCCACAGCCUGCCGGAGUACCAGGCCCGCGAGGCGGCGGCCGCCGUGGCUGCGGUGGCUGCUGGCCGCAGCACGGAAGAAGUGCGCGACGACCCGGUGUUGCGACGCCUGGAGUACUUCUGCAUCGCCUGGUUCAGCUUCGAGGUAUCGUCACGCCUUCUUCUGGCGCCCAGCACGCGCAACUUCUUCUGCCACCCGCUCAACCUCAUAGACAUCGUGUCGGUGCUGCCCUUCUAUCUCACGCUGCUGGCUGGCGCAGCGCUCGGUGGCCGGGGCGGCGGGAGCGGCGAGGAGCUAGGCGACCUGGGCAAGGUGGUGCAGGUUUUCCGCCUCAUGCGCAUCUUCCGGGUACUGAAAUUGGCACGCCACUCCACUGGACUGCGCUCCCUGGGCGCCACGCUCAAGCACAGCUACCGCGAGGUGGGCAUCUUGCUGCUGUACCUGGCCGUGGGGGUGUCUGUGUUCUCCGGCGUGGCCUACACAGCUGAGGAGGAGAACGUGGGCUUUGACACCAUCCCCGCCUGCUGGUGGUGGGGCACAGUGAGCAUGACCACUGUGGGCUACGGGGACGUGGUGCCCGUGACAGUGGCUGGCAAGCUGGCAGCCUCAGGCUGCAUCCUCGGUGGCAUCCUGGUGGUGGCGCUCCCUAUCACCAUCAUCUUCAACAAGUUCUCCCACUUCUACCGGCGCCAGAAGGCUCUGGAGGCGGCCGUCCGCAACAGCGGCCACCAAGAGUUUGAGGACUUGCUGAGCAGCGUUGACGGGGUGUCAGAGGCAUCGCUGGAGACAUCCCGAGGGACCUCUCAGGAGGGACGGUCCACAGACCUGGAGAUGCAGGCCCCCCGUGCACCUCCAAACUCUCAGAGUUAUUAAAACCAGGAUCCGAGUCCCCCCUGCACCCCCAAGUCAGCUGAAACAGAGCGAAUUGUUCCCUGUGCAAGCUCUUCAUGAGAGGGAGCCUCUUGGGACCCUUGGCCUGAGAAAUGAAACCUGGGCUGCAUAUCUCCCUCCAAAGGCCCAGGCCAGCACAGUGCCACCUAGAUGCUGUGCGCGCACAGUGCCACCUAGAUGCUGUGCGCCCACAGAGCCACUUGGACACCUUGAUUAACCAGCCUCCCCAGCCAGGAAGCAGGCAUGAGCCAGAGGAUGAAGUGGAAGGAUGGGGACGUUCUGAGCACCUGCCCUGCGCUGGCCCAGUUUGUCCCUGUGGUUCGAGAUGAGAACUGCCUCACUUCACAGAUUAGGAGGCUGAGGUCUGGGGGGGAGUGUCUCACCCAAAUGUGGUGGAGUCAGGUGUGAAGUCUGUGUUUGUGGUCGGCCCCCACAAACGUUUCAUCCACCCCACUCCUCUGCUCUCACCAGGUUUGAUGUGAUUUUAGGGGGUCUGGGGUUCCCCAGAGUUCAUCCAUAGGGUGAGAAUGCUCUGUCAGGGAGGGAAAGGAACAGAUGGGAUUUGGAGGUAGGAGACCUGGACCUCAGCUGUGGUUCUUUCCUGGGAGCUGAAGGGACUCAGCUCUUGAAUGAGUCCUGGGGGAGGGGAAGAGAACUGCCUCCUAAGCCCAGGUGCAGGAUUUGCUGAGCAAUACCCUCCCGCCUUUCUUCCCAGGGCAGACUUGAGAGCAGAUCUGAAGCGGCCCUGGCCUGAGGCCUGAGGCCUAGACUGAGACCCAGCUGUGGACCUACUGUGAGCCAGCUCCUGGUCCUGGCUCAUGACCCAGGGGGAGAUGAAAGCUGAGUGGAGCAGAGGAGGCACAGAAUUAAAGCCAGCUUAGCUCUGAAAUGUCAGAGGCAGGGCUUCCGUGCAUGUCCCCAUACUGACUACGGCUGUCCCCUUCUACCCACCACACACACAUCCAGCCCUCCUUGAGAAGCCAAGGUAAAAACUUGAGACUCCUGUCUGUCCCAGGGCUAGCUCUGGCCUGUCCUCCUUUGCUGUGGGUAAAUCUUUCAUACUCCCUUGCCCACUCCUCUCUCCACUGGUGGAGAGAGCUGGGAAGUGUUCUCAUGGCCCUUUCCACGGACACUGGCUAGAGCGCCAUCACUGUACCAUCAUGGCCACACUGAGCCUCAGGAUGGAAGGUAUCGUUUGGCUGAACCCAGGCUUGGGGCAGAGGAGGUACUUGGUACAUGUUGACCAGAUUGACUGAUUCCUAUAGCCUUUGGACGCCAAGCAUUGAGCUGGGAGAAGAAAUAGCCAGACAGGGAGAGAUUCUGGAUGCUCUUGAAAGAGUGUGUGAACAAGACCAAAAAGGAGGCCAUUCAACUCUGCUUCCCCUGGCCCUCCUUGAGUUUUUUGAGGUUUUAAUUUUUAUUUAUUAUUUUGUGGUACUGGGGAUUGAAUCUAGAG